UCUCUCUCUCUCUCUCUCUCUCUCUCUCUCUCUCUCGCCGACACUCUCUUCUCACUUUUGUUCUCCUCUUUGUUACCUUUCUGAUCGGAUCAGUUUAAUUAUUGCAGCAAAAAGAAAUCUUUUUUUUUUCUCCAAGAAAAAACGAGAAGAAGGAAGCAAUUCCGUGAGGAAAUAGGGUUCUUGGUGCGAGAUUUAUAUUCAAAUGCAUUCACGGUGGCAGAGAUCACAAAGGUGAAAGCUUCUUCUGUUGAUCCAUUCACAAGAAGGAGAGAGAUUGGUCGGGGGCAAAUAAAAGAUGUCGGCGAUGAGAGGAACCGAUGCUGAUAAUGUUCAUCAGAAGCAGAGGAACAGUGUCUUCUUGGUCGGAAUUCGAAUGGACGAAAGUGGGAGAGAGCUUCUGGAUUGGGUACUCGAAAAUGUAGCACAAGCAGGAGAUCGUGUCGUUGCAGUUCAUGUUUGUUCAAGUUCUUAUCGUGCCUUGAAGAGCAAGGCAUCUCUGGAACAGUACUUGGAAGUUCACAGAGGAUUGUUUUCUACUAAGCAGGUUGAACUGAAAGGAGAAGUUUUCACUGGAAGCUCGGUCCAAAGGGUUUUGGAGAAAGAGGCAAAGAGCUUCAAAGCCACAGCAGUUAUAGGGGAUCAGGUUUCAACCGCUAAAUGCUGUGCGAAAAAGUUGCCUUUAACGACAGAUGUUCUGGCUGUCCACCGGGGAAAUAUCGUCUUUAGUCGGUGCAAUAAUCUCCAACUACCUCCAGUUCUGAAGAUGAUCUCUAGUCCAAGUUCUGAACUUUCUGGAAAAUCUUCAGACAAAGAGAGUGGAUUUGAAUCUGAUGAAUCGAGGGAUAAACCUGGUGAGGUUAAGGGAGAAAUCUUGAAGAUGGGUCAUGAAAGGAGGAUUAUUUCGGAUAGAUCAGUAUCUCUUUCGUCUGUUGAAGUUUUGGACCAGAGACCAGGUUGGCCAUUGUUGAGAAGAGCUGCUUCAGACAUUCCUCAAGCUCGCCAUGGGAGGAAACUGUCGGUGGUCCACUGGGUCAUGAGCUUGCCUGAACGGUUUCCUCAACAGCAGAAUUCUCCGAAUCCUGAAACGAGUUUGGUCGAGAAUCAACUAAAGGGCAUGCUCAGAGACAGCAGCCAAUGGUUCUGCUAUGAUGUUCUUAAGACAGCAACAUCUGAUUUCUCUUCAGAGAAUCUGAUUGGAAAAGGAGGGUGUAACAAAGUGUACAAAGGCGUUCUUCGAGAUGGCAGAGCAGUGGCGGUGAAAAUCUCGAAAUCAUCAUCGAAGGAAGCGAUGAAAAAUUUCGUUCAUGAAGUGGGUAUCAUCUCUUCUCUGGAUCACCAACACAUUGCCCCUUUGCUCGGAGUAUGCAUCCAAGAAAACGAUCUAAUCUCCGUUUACAAUUUCUCGUCUAAAGGAAAUCUGGAAGAGAAUUUGCACGGUAAGCAAAAGGGAAGACAUGUGUUGUCAUGGGAAGAGAGAUUCAGGAUCGCAACCGGGCUAGCGGAGGCAUUAGAUUAUCUCCACAACCGAUGUUCUAAACCUGUGAUUCACAGAGAUGUCAAGUCUUCGAACGUUCUUCUGUCAGAUGAAUUUGAACCUCAGUUAUCAGAUUUCGGGUUUUCGAUAUGGGCGCCAACUUCUUCUCGGUUUCUGAUACAAGGAGACGUGCUGGGAACGUUCGGGUACCUGGCACCCGAGUACUUUAUGUACGGGAAAGUGAGUGACAAGGUCGAUGUUUAUGCCUUUGGAGUAGUUCUGCUUGAACUCAUAUCAGGAAGAACACCCAUCUCAUCUCAAACUCCGACAGGACAGGAGAAGAGUCUGGUCAUGUGGGCGAAACCGGUGAUAGACAAAGGGGAUGCAAAAGGGCUGUUGGAUCGAGAUUUGUCUGAGAAAUUCGACGAGAAUCAGUUUCAGAGGAUGGUUCUUGCUGCUACACUUUGCCUCUCGAGAUCAGCCACUGUUCGUCCCAAUAUCAGAGAGAUACUGAGGCUGUUAAGAGGGGAACAAGAAAAGGAGAGAGAGAAGGAAGAUUCAGAGGAAGAUCAAGAAGAUUGCUUCGACGAUGAAGUUUACCCUAAUUCAAGCGCGGAGCUGCACUUGAGCCUGGCGAUGCUUGACGUAGAAGAUAACUCUGUUCCUUCUUCUUCUUCUUCAUCUUCUUCAGGAGAGAUUCGUUCUUCAAGCUUUGAUUAGGGUUUGUUUUGGAGUUUGGUGGAUAAACGUAGAUAGCUCUGUCAGCUUGUGGGGGAAAAGUUUUCAUCUUCCUCCAUUUCUUGUAAUAAUAAUAAUAUGUAUGUAUGUAUGUAUGUAUGUAUGUAUGUAUGUAUGUAUGUAUGUAUGUAUGUAUGUAUGUAUGUAGACAAGGCUCAAAUAGAAUAGAUGGUGAUUGUGGUAGUAUUUGGCACUGAUUAUGUAUGUAGACAGGUGCCGAAUAAGUUUUUAUUGAAAAUACUAUAUGUAUGAAAAGUUA